AUGACAUUAACAAGAAAAAGGAAAAAGUAUUCUUCAAAUGAUGACAAUGAUAACAGAAGAUCAAAAAAUACUAAUGGUCUUUCUAUACGCCCAAGACGUAAUGUAAUUAAUUAUGCAGAAAGUGAAGAUUCAUUGUCGUUUGAAAAAGAAAAUAAUAAUGAUGAAAAAUAUGACUAUGAUGAAGAUGUUGAAAAGCGUUAUUCAAAUAUUGUUAAAUUGAAAUUGCCAUUUCAUCGAAUAAUGGAUCAAGAUAUUCUUAAAAAUAAUACUCAAGAGCAUGAUAAAGAGGAAAAAAAUACAAAUUUGAACAAUUUAGACAGAAAUGAGUCCAACGAUUUUGUUUCUAAAAGAAAAUCUGGUAAAUCAAAUCAAAAUUCAUUUAAGACAUGUUCAGUUCGUCAAAUAUUACUUCAAGAAAAAAACAAUCCUUCAAAAUCUUCAAAAAAUAAAUCAUUUGAUUCUUCAAGUGAAUAUGAAUAUGGAAGUGAUGACAGCUUUUCAGAAGAAGACCCUGAAUCUUUAUCAUCAGCAGAUGAUAUGUCUAAUUUUAUUACUGACGAUAGUGAUGAUUAUUGCAGAACUAAAAGAAAAAAAAGUAAGAACUUUCGAAGAGGCACAGAAAAAUCAUCUAGGAAGUCUAAACGAAAUGAUAGUGAUGAUGAAGAAGGAUUAGAAUAUGAUGAAGAUAUUGAAGAUGAAAUUAUCAAAGAAUUACGAGACCUUAGAUCGCCUCCUCAUAGAGUGAAUUUGCGUCAGAGGGUUUCAAGACCUGAUUAUACUAUACCUCCUCCUUUACCAAUAAAUCCUCCGACUUUAAAGAAACAAAAUUUAAAUGGACGAGUAGCAUCACAAAAGUUAUUUUCACGAUUAUCUCAGCCUUUAUCUACAUUUACCAAUAAUCUUCCACGUAUUUCAGGGGAUUCUAAUGGGCUAAUAGAUAUUUCAGAAUCCUCAAAUUCAGAAGACGAUUUAAACAGAAUAAGGAAGUUCGAGCUUUCUGCAAGCAAAACUUUCUUGCCUACAACGCAUGGCCUAGACUUUGUAGGAAGUUCUGGUGAUAUUGGUAGAAUGGAACAAAAUUUAGCUGACACUGAUCCUUUGAGUGUUAGUCAGACUACCAACUUUGAAUCUAUCGGAGGAUUAAAUGAUUUCAUUAUUCAACUUAAAGAAAUGGUUAGUUUACCAUUAUUAUAUCCUGAAAUUUUUCAACGUUUUAAUAUUACUCCACCUAAAGGUGUUUUAUUUCAUGGUCCUCCUGGUACUGGAAAAACAUUAAUGGCAAGAGCACUUGCUACUAGUUGCUCAAACAAAGAAAGAAAAAUAUCAUUUUUUAUGAGAAAAGGUGCUGAUUGUUUAAGUAAAUGGGUAGGUGAAGCAGAAAGACAGUUGCGUUUGUUAUUUGAAGAAGCAAAAAAUAGUCAACCUAGUAUAAUUUUUUUUGAUGAAAUUGAUGGACUUGCGCCUGUACGAUCAAGUAAACAAGAACAAAUUCAUGCAUCUAUAGUUUCAACACUUUUGGCUUUAAUGGAUGGUAUAGAUUCUCGAGGACAAAUUAUUGUAAUUGGUGCAACAAAUAGACCGGAUGCAGUUGAUCCUGCUCUUCGUCGUCCUGGAAGAUUUGAUCGAGAAUUCUAUUUUCCCCUUCCAGACUUUGAGGCUCGUUUAAGUAUUAUAAAAAUUCAUACAAAAGGAUGGGAUCCUCCACUCUCUGAACUACUCCAGAAACAGUUGGCUGAACAAACAAAAGGAUAUGGGGGUGCUGAUUUAAAGGCUCUUUGUACUGAAGCAGCAUUAAAUGCAGUUCAACGCCAAUAUCCACAGAUUUAUAAAAAUUCAGAUAAAUUAUUGAUAGAUUCUAAAAGUAUAAAGGUUGAACCUAGAGAUUUCAUACUUUCGAUUAAAAAAAUUAUACCAUCGUCUCAAAGAUCUAUAUAUUCUGAAGCAUCUCCUUUACCUGAAUUACUUAUUCCAUUGUUGAAUUCAAAGUUAACCGAAAUUAAAGAGAAACUUUCUUAUAUUAUGCCUCAAAAUGAAAAAAAAAAUUUAUUAGAAAAAGCUAUUUAUGAACCUUUGGAAGAAAGUUCAUUUGAAUAUGAGAAAUUUAUAGAAAGGUUUCAAAUGUCUAGAAUCUUUAGACCUAGAUUACUUGUACAUGGUAAACCUGGAAUGGGACAGCAAUAUAUUGGAGCAGCAGUUCUUUAUCAUUUUGAAGGAAUUUAUAUUCAAUCAUUUGAUCUUGCUUCACUUAUGGGAGAUCCUACAAAAACACCAGAAUCCAUUGUUGUACAAUAUUUUAUUGAAGCAAAAAGACAUAAACCAAGUGUAAUCUAUAUACCUGAUUUUCAGAUAUGGUAUUGUACUGUAUCUGAUUCAGUUAAAACGACUUUAAAAAUGUUAUUAGCAAGUUUAAAAUCGACUGAGCAAAUACUCUUUUUUAUUGUUAUUAAUGAUGUGAUUGAGAAACUUGAUAAAGAUGCGUUAUUGUGGCUUAGUAUUUCUAAAGAGAAUAUAGUAGAAUUGUCUGCACCUACUAAGGAUUCUCGCUUUAAUUUUUUCAAAGAGCUAAUUAAUUUAAUAAAAAUACCUCCUUCUAAAAUGCCUGAUGAUUCUCAACGGAAAAAAAGAGUGCUAAAGGAACUUCCAAAAGCUCCAACACCACCUCCAAGAAUACUUACCAAGAGUGAAUUAAAGGAAUUAGAAUAUAGGGAUCGUAAAUUGAAAAAUAUAGUUAAAAUCAAACUAAGUCCGCUUAUGGAGAUGUUAAAAACGCGUUAUAAGCGUUUUAGAAAACCCGUUAUUGACCCUAAUGAAAUAUGGUAUUUAAUGAAUUUUCCAAAAGAUAUGUCAAUAGAUACUAGCAAUCAGCCUUAUGAGCUUGUUGAAAAUAAUUUAAUUCACGAAAAAGCUACUGGAAAAAAAUUUGUUAACAUGGAUUUAGAACUAAUUGAAGAAAAACUAUGGAAUAGCAUGUACUUAAGUCCUAGACAGUUUUUACAUGAUAUAAAGGCAAUAAUAUAUGAUGCGAGUAUAAGUGGUGAUCGUGAAAGAUUAUUAAAAGCACAAGAAAUGUACACUAAUGCACAAAUGAAUGUAGAAGAUAUUUCUGAUUCACAUUUUAUACUUGAAUGCCGUCGAAUGAUAGAAAGAGAAAAAGAAAGACAAAAACAUAAAGAAAUUUUAGAAUUGAAUAAAAAUAAUAAUUUAGAAAUUGAAAAUGCGACAGAUUUAAAAGAACCAAAUAAAAUUAAUUUGGUCUCAAAUAUUCAGCCUAUAACUCAAUUACCUUUAAAUAGUACAGAAAUUAAUGAUACCAUUAUUAAGGAUGAUUUAGCACAUGAUAAUGAUAUUGAAGAUGUGAUGAUUGACUUUACGCAGAUUGACACUAUUAAUUAUAAAAAUAAAGGAACUACUAAUAUGGGUAUAAAUUUAGUAGAAAAAACUAGUUCAAAAAAAGUUGAUUUCCAAUUAGUAAAAAAAUUUAUUUCAAAUAAUUCUAAGCAUGAACUUGAUGAUUUAAUUCAUAAUAAUACGUUUAAUACUAAAGAUAGCUUUGCUUCAUUUGUUAACAAUGCUGAUGAAAAAAUAUUAAAUUCGUCUCAAUCAUUACAGAUCCAUGAUAGUUGUGAUUCUAAUAGUGAAUCAUCUAAUAUCGAAAAUACAAAUGAUUCAUCUACUUUUUCUCUUAUAUUAAAUAUAUCUAAACUUGAUUUAUUAUUGGAUAAAAUGGUUGAAACAACAGAUAAUGCUAGUGUUGAUGAUCUAGAAAAACUUUAUUCUGCGUGUGUAAAUAUUCUUUGGCAAUGGAAAAAUAAUUGGAAUAAAAAUGAUCUGGUUGAUUUAGUUGAGCAAGUUUUUGAAAAUACAUGGAAAAAUAUUAAAGAAUUAAAUGUUUAA